CACACGAUUAAGUUUCCUCUGCUUCUGGACCACAAGUUCAAUAUUCCCGUUGAUGGACAGCAACGAGGCAACACGCAUCUGCGACCAGUGCAACAAAGAGGUUGCCGAGGCCAACUUCGCCCUGCAUGAAUCUCACUGCCGCCGCUUCCUGUGCCUCUGUCCUGACUGUGAGGAACCAGUUCCCAAAGAACAACUGGACCAGCACAGACUGGACCAGCACACCCAGGUGAAAUGCUCCAGGUGUAACCGGAAGGUGGAGCGUUGCCAUCUGAUGGAUCAUGAGGCAGAUGAGUGCGAGGAGCGUCUGCAGUGCUGCAAGUUCUGUGAGCUGGAGGUACCGUGGAAGGAGCUGGACGAGCACAGCGCGGCCUGCGGGAGUCGCACCGAGCGCUGCGGGGACUGUGGCCGAUACGUCACCCUGAAGGACCAGCUGGAGCACGACAAGAUCUGCCCCGCCACUCAGGCCGUCUCGGGUCCGCCACCUUCAGUCAGCGGGGCUCCUGACAUGGAUAAAGGGCAAACACCAGGGACUUGUAGGGGAUGUGGGGCCUCCUUCCCAGCUGAGGAGAUGGAGGAACAUGAGCUGGAGUGUUUUCCCACAACCAGGUGGGUCUUGGAGGAGGAUGAAAAAGAGGAGGAGGAGGGUGAUUUCUCCAAGAAGGAGGCCAGGUCUCCACUAAGCAGCUCCUUGAAGGCAGUCUUCCUGUCAAACAGACCCAGCGGGGAGCUCCUGGGUGACAGCAGAGACCCAAACCAGAUCAGCACCUGCCCCCACUGUCACCUGGCCCUGCCCCUCCUCACACUACGCUGGCAUGAGGUUAAAUGCCAAAUCCACAUCCAUUUGAAAUGAAGAGGAGAUCUACUGAAUCUGAUUCCACAGACAUCUUAGACCACGUUGUCUUGAGAAGGCAAUGGAUGAUCAGUUUUUGGACUUUAGAUGGGACUAGAUGGGAUACUGUACUGUACUAGAUGGGAUACUUCAGGAUGCAGUACUAUCAUUUGGGGCCUAAAAUAGCAAAGUAAAGUUUACAGUUACAGUGUUUCUCCUGUAUGUAUUUUUUGGUAGUCUUGUACCAAAUACAAGCUAUAAAGCUGUAGGGAUGACCUCACUGUCUGAACCAGUGACCUUACUGUGUGAAGUCAGAAACAUCAUGUUUGAUAUUUGUAUUUUCAUGCUAGAUUAUAUUAAAAUCAACAGUGCUGUUUAUAUAUGCAACCUAACCAAUUAA